AUGAAAGCUCUUUCCUUCUUCACGGCUGCCAGUCUGACUGGAAUUGGCAGUGCACAACCUGCAAAGCAACAGAACUCGACCAUCUACAACCCCAUCCUUCCCGGCUUCAACCCUGAUCCAAGUUGUGUAUUCGUCAAAGAAUGGGACAACACCUUCUUCUGUGCAACUUCAACCUUCCUCGCCUUUCCUGGUAUCCCAAUCCACGCUAGCAAGGAUCUCCAAAAUUUCAGACUCAUUGGCCAUGCUUUCAGCAGACCUGAGCAACUUCCCGCUUUCGGCAAUAUCACUGGUCAGCAGCAAGGAUGGUACGCGCCGACAUUGAGAUACCACAACAAGAGAUUCUGGAUCAUCAAUUCUUGUGUCGGAGCUGCCACGGGAUAUUGGAGCACUUCUGACCCAUACAAUAAUGAUGCUUGGACGAACGUUACCCCGACCGAGAUUCCUGGCUACGAUCCUGAUCUCUUCUGGGAUACGGAUGGCACUGUCUAUUCGGCCUUUGCCAAGACUGUUCAGAAUGAUCCUUUCACGACUGAGAUCCACCAGGUCAACAUCAGCAUGCCCUCCGGAAACACAACUACAGAUCGCUUCUUGUGGAAUGGAACUGCUGUUCAACCUCCGGAAGGGCCGCACAUGAUGCUCAAAGAUGGUUAUCACUAUCUUCUCCUCGCAGAAGGUGGCACGGCACAAGCUCAUCAAGUCACCAUUGGUAGAGGCAGGUCUGCUCAAGGACCUUUCGAAGCCAACCCGGCCAAUCCUAUCCUCACUGCAUACAAUACCAGCCAGUACUUCCAGACGGUCGGUCAUGCCGAUCUCUUCCAAGAUGCUGCAGGCAACUGGUGGGGUGUUGCAUUGGCUACUCGCUCCGGUCCUGAGUACGAAACUUGGCCGAUGGGCAGGGAGACCGUUCUGUAUCCUGCUAAGUGGGAGAAAGGUCAAUGGCCAGUACUUGGAGGACCUGUCAAAGGCAAAAUGUCAGGUCCGUUGCCACCAGCAAACAGGAACAUUCGCGGCACUGGUGCUUUCAUCAAGGAUCCUGAUUACUACAAGUUCUCCCCUGGCUCUUCCAUUCCUUCGCACUUCAGUUACUGGCGCUUUCCGAAGACCGAGAACUAUGCCAUCUCACCCAAAGGCCACCCGAACACGCUGCGACUCCUCCCUUCUCGCUCAAAUUUGACCGGUGAUGCCACUGCCCUCCCGACCGAUGGUAUCACUUUCAUCGGCCGCAGACAAACUGAUACUCUUUUUACCUACAGCGUCGAUGUUGACUUCUCGCCCUCUUCUGUCGGUGAUGAAUCAGGAGUCACACUCUUCCUCACGCAGGACUACCACGCUGAUCUAGGUAUCGUGCGUCUCAACAAGACUGGAACAUACCUCCGCUUUCACGCCGAAGGUCCAGGUGCCCCAACAGAUACUGUUCUCCCAAUUCCGCAGAAGUGGAACAAGCAAGUUUUGACAUUGCAGAUUCAAGCUUACAACACAACACACUUCUCCUUCUCUGCUGGACCAAAAGCCGGUAGAAUGCAACAGAUUGCUACUGUUCCUGCUACCCUGGUAUCCAAUGGGUUUACUGGUUCUUUCGUCGGCGUUCAUGCUACCAACAAUGGUAACACAAAGAGCAACACUCCUUCGUAUAUCAGCAACUGGGUCUAUCAAGGGCAGGGACAGUACAUUGGGAAUGGAGAGUUCUAUCCUAGCAACGGAAAGAAGGGUGGAGCUGGUUUCUAG